UUAUAUAAGCCAACAACUCUUUGACUGUAUUUGGGUUAGUUUUGUAUCGUAAUAAGAGCCAUAAUGAAGGUCGUAAUUUUCGCUGUAUUCCUUCUAGUGUUAUUAGCGGCGGUUUUGGGAUCGCCAGCGAAGGGUUCGACGAAACCUUCGUUGAAAAAGAAAUGUUUAAGGGAAUGUCCAUUGGAUGAUUAUAACCCGGUUUGUGGAACUGAUGAUAAUGGAAAGAAAUUAUCGUUUGGAAAUGAAUGUGUUUUGAGUAAUUAUAAUUGCGAACAAAGUGCUAAUUUAAGAAUUUUAAGUAAAGGUGAGUGCCCUGGUGGUCAAGGAAUAAGAUUAUCUUAAAUUUAAAGAUUGUAUUUGUUUACUUUGAAUUUAAUUAUAUAAAUGUGUUAAUUCGA